AACUAUUUCUACUAUACGUGCCAAAUUGUUGAAAUGAUUAACUGAGUUUUACCAGGUGAUAGACAAAUGACUCAUGAAAAUAGUAGAUAGCUAUUUAUUAGACAAUAGUUAUACUACCUGCGUAACUAAAGGUUAAUUAUCUACCUGUCAGGUGUAUUAUUUAGAGUGAAAAUUGGAUUUGUGGUCAGAAAGUUAUAGUUAUUAGAAAAAACGUCGAAUUAUUGUUUAAUAUGGCUUAGAGGAGGAUUCCAAGUUUUUGGAGAUUCGCGAUCCAAGCGCUUCUUAUCCCCUAUCGAUUCUACCGUUCUCAUGGUGAUCUCUCGUAAUCAAGAAGUGAAAAUACCGCACGAAAACCAAAGUAAGCAGAAGGAUAGUUGCGGCGAGAGUUGAUUGUUCGAAGGUAGUUAGAAAAUGUCAGUUUCCUAGGUAGCGUGGAAACUUCAAACAUGGGAUGGAGCUGAUGUCACUUCUUUGUCAACUCGCGUAGGUUGAAGCAAUGGAACUGGACACCGAAACCAAAUACAGAGAUAGCAGCAAUGUUAACGUGAAAGAUCUUCAAGCCAAUUUAUUCCCGUUGCUUCCAAAAUUGUCUGGUUAUUUCGCAAGUUAUCUCUUGAAGUCCCCACUGGAUAUGGAAGAAGGCGAUGACAGCGAGAUCCGGCUCAAGUCAAUAGGCUCCAAGGACCUCUUUGCCGUGAACAGAGAGAGCAACUUCCAAGUCCAGCCAGCUAGAUGGCCAACUGAGUGUCAGGUAUUAGCGGAGCCUGUGGAUCACAUCACUACUGUUCCAUCACAGCCUGAACCUUACUACACGCCUACUGGAUUAGAAAUGCAACCAAAACCUUCUGGAGAGGAUUACGGGUUGAUAGUCUACCAAUAUGCACCAAUAAGUGCCGUUAGUUAUUUCAGCCGUUCAAGCGUAGGUGGUAGCAAGUAUCUCCUCUCAACCAACAUAUGUCCAGAGGAAAACUCCCUCAAGUUUGAGUCUAGAUUCGAAUCUGGAAAUCUAGCAAGGGCCAUUCGUCUAACUCCGAGUUACUACGAGCUUUAUCUGAGGUCGGACCUCUACACCCAGCGCUACAUGCAAUGGUUCUACUUUCGAGUGACCAACAUGAAGAAGAACUUCCUAUAUCGGUUCUCCAUAGUGAACUUCACCAAAGACGGCAGCCUGUACAAUUCCGGACUGCGUCCGCUCAUGUACUCGGAAAAGGACUCCCAGCUCCACUCGAUCGGUUGGAGGAGGUGCGGCGAUCAGAUAACCUACUUCUGCAAUGAGAAUGUAACGGAGGAGGGGGAGGACCAGCAGAUGACCUACACCCUAACCUUCACCGUCAGUUUCCCGCACGAGGGCGACACCGUGUAUUUCGCAAGCUGCUACCCGUACACCUACACCAACCUGCAAGAUUACUUGUCUGAGCUAUCCAACCAUCCUGUCAAGUCCACGUUCACCACGUUGCGUUUGUUGUGCAAGAGUCUGGCUGGAAAUAACGUCGAUUACAUUACGAUCACCAAUCCACAGGAGGAGGAAGAAGAGAAUAGGAAGAAGCGUGCCAUCGUGCUCACCGCCAGGGUGCAUCCUGGUGAAACCCCAUCUUCUUGGAUGAUGAAAGGGAUCAUAGAUUUCCUCACUAGCGACUGUGCUCCGGCCAAAGAACUUCGCGACAAGUUCAUCUUCAAAAUCGUGCCAAUGUUGAACCCAGAUGGCGUGAUUGUGGGCAAUAACCGAUGUUCCCUCUCUGGGAAAGAUUUGAACAGGCAGUACAGGACUGUUAUGAGAGAGGCGUAUCCUUCGAUUUGGUACACGAAAUUGAUGAUGAGGAGGCUCAUAGAAGAAUGUGGCGUUUCAAUGUACUGUGAUCUUCAUGGUCAUUCGAGAAAACAUAACAUCUUCAUUUAUGGUUGUGAAAACAGGAAACAGAAUGAGAAACGUCUACAAGAGCAGAUAUUUCCUCUCAUGUUACACAAAAAUUCGUCAGAAAAGUUCUCCUUCGAAGACUGCUCCUUCAGGGUGCAGAAGGGCAAAGAAGGCACGGGCAGGAUAGUGAUGUGGAUGAUGGGCAUCACCAACAGCUACACCCUCGAAGCCUCCUUCGCCGGCUCGACAAUGGGCUCAAGAAACUCAACUCACUUCUCCGCCCAAGACUACGAACAGAUGGGAAAGAGCUUCUGCCAGACCCUGCUGGACUUCUACGACGAAGAACCCAGAAAGGAAAAGUUGAGAGUCAAAAUAUUGAACAGGCUGAAUGAAGGUGGAUCUUGUGCUGAUGAACCAACCAACAUAGACUUGAGCGAUUAUUCUAGCGAUGCUGGCUCAUCGAGUGACCCAGAAGAAAUUGGAGAUUGUGGACUCCUAGUACCACCAUCUACACCAGAAACACGUAUCAUACACAACGAGAACCAAGAUCCAGCACCAAAUGCCAAGGUGCGCAGAAAAUCUCGUAUUCCUCGACACAGGCAGACUUACCACGUCAAGCCCAAUGUGCCCAAUAGGAAAAUAGCACCGAUCAGGAAGGCCAAUUUUUAUUUCUCGUUCUCCGAGUCCAAGUCUCAGUAUGGCUCCCAGAGCACUUCAGAUUCCGAAGAUGACAAUUUCACGACAAUCAGUGGCAAGAAGAAAUUCUCGAAGAGUAAAAAGAUUGGCAAGAAAAAACUCCAGGCCAGAGAACCAUCGGAAACAUGUAAAUCUGAAGUACCGGAAGUAAGAAGUGUUUCAUCUUUAGAGAUUCUUCCACCACAAGAUUUAAAUGCCGAGAUUAGGCGAAAAGAUCGAACGCCACAACCCAAAUUAUGCAACGAAAGACGCAAUGGUUUAGACGUUGACGAGCAACUGAACAUAGUGCAGCAGAGGCUGAUGGCUCUGAAGCAUAAGGUUUGGUACGGCAGCGGAGAUGGUCAGCCUAUAACUUGGGGCAUCAUCUCACAAGCAGAUUUGAGCACGAAUGGGCUAGACAAGGAUUCGAAAAAGGUACCAAAAAAGAAGCGACCCAAACUCCAGAGGAAAGGAACCAUCAAGGGAAAGCAGAAGGCAGAGGUCAAGCUCAAAUGUUCAACGAAGAAGAAUUUGAAUAGUUUGAAGAGACAACAAGCCAUUGACCUCCAUCCUCCGCCCAAGAAGAUCAUACCAGUGCGAAAAUCUCAAAGUUUCAACGACGUCGUCUCCAACUUUUCGAAAAAAACUGCCAAGUUGAAGUCAUACGCCAGUUGCGACGACAAGGAGAGCAAAUCGGAGACGAAGAAGAAAAAAAACACGAAACACCCUGACAAAAUCAAUUCAAAACCAUUCAAGAGAUAGUUUUUCCCGUUAAUUUCUGUUUUUACCUACUACCCCGACGAAUUUAUUGUGAAUCAUUCUACUGCCAUAGAUGUGAUAUCAGUUUUGGCUAUUUCACAAGAAUUUUGUACCUCUAUAGAUUGUAAUACGCUAUAUUCAGAUUUGUUGUAAUCGGUUGAUCCAGUUUCCUUAUAUGGGAGAAUUGUAAAUGUUAGAUACUGAUUAAAAAUUGUGAUGAGCUAA